AUGACUGUAAAAUCAGAUGCCGUAUCCAAGCCGGAAAAAGUGGCUGUACGUCAAAAGAAAAUAAAAGGACCAGGAGGAGAAAAUGACGAUCAGACGUUGGAUCUAGAAGAUGAACUACUAGAGCGCAGGUUGUUUAAGAAAGGGCAGAAAUAUCCAACACCACCGCUAGGUGACGGUACUAGGGCCUUCUAUGAAAGUUUAUUGGAGGAAAACCCACACUCGCCAAUAGCCAUAAAGUUUUGUUUGGAGCAUGGAAUCUUCGGGGAACGCAAACACGAGCAACUACGCAUUUUAUACAAUGAAUUGCGUGAUAAUGGAAUAUUAAAUGCCCCCGUUGGCGGACUAACUCUGCAAACUAAGCAUGCACCAGCAUAG